AGGAACAUAGUUCCAACUGAUGAGCCGGGCUCUCAGCUCUUGGUCUGGUGUUGGGCGAACAAUAUUACUACAACCGGACCAGGACACCUUUUCACCAUACUUGUAAUUGGCUGAGGCACGUCUUACAAGCAGACUACUUUGGUUAGGAACAGAGUUCCAAUUAAAUCAUAAAGAUCCAACUCCUGGCUGAAUGAGUGAGUAAAAUCAUUCGACUUGUCAUUGAUGACCUCAACUUACUACCUCUGAGUCGUCCAUCCAUUUGACCGAGACUCAGUUAAGUCUAACCCAACGUGCGACAGCGACCACGCUAUGGCGGUUCCCGUAACCAGCUUAACAUACACCGUACUAUGCUCUGCUGAGGCUGAGUACAUGACAGUGCACAUUAGCCGGAUAGGUGCCGGGCGUCAGAAG